AUGCAUAGAAGCGGAGAAGAACGUCAUCUUCCACCAGUAGGUCACCGACAGCCAUCGAAUGAGUAUAUCAUCAAAGCACGCAACGCGAUAUCAGUGAACAACAUUGCAAUAUCUCCAAAUUAUCCCCCACUACCGCUCCCCUAUACCCAUGAAUUCGCAUUCGAAUUCGAUCAUUACACUCUCUCCAAUUACCGCUGGCCCAUCCCCUCAGAUGUCUACUUACAAGCCAUCUUCGAUGCCCUAUCAGCUGGAUGGGAGGCUAUCGUAGAUGAUGUUGAGGACUUCCGAUCAUAUGCGGAAGAAAGGGUUGAUGAACGCCCAUAUCAUGAUGGGUACCGGUUUGUGAGUAGAGGGGUGGAGUUUGUCAUGGUGCCCGGGCCUCAUGGUGUUGACUACGCGGAUUGGAGGUUUUUGCUGAUGGCUUUCACGGAUAUUGUCUGGCUGUAUGAGGUGCAUGGGUUCGACUUCACGGCUUGGGAUGGUCCUGUUGGGGUGGAAUCGGAGAGAGGGAUUAUGAUGACGGGGAGUAUGAGGUUUGUGGGUGCAGAGAAGACUGUCAAUAGCGCAAGUAUUGAGUGA